AUGCUCUCGCUUGUGCUGGCCUUGGCUGCCCGAGCGGUAGUGGCCUGCGAGGAAGAUUGCAGCAGUUUGCUCCAAGCACGGGCGCCGGUGGCCCAAUACACCGUAGUCGAGCAACAAGAGAUUGUUUGGAACAUCGCCAGAGGGAUCAAUUACACGCUCCAGUUUUUCAGCAUGGUUCCGACCUUCGGUGCCGAUGGGAACUACAUCGCCUUGCUCCAUGAGUUUGACCCUGUACUCUCGAAGCUUGGCGCUGAAGAAUCGCAACUGUACUGCUCGGAUGCCUCUGGCUUGCACAAAGCACAGCUGCGAGUCUAUGGCAGGGAGAAAGGCAUCCCUGUGAGCCUGAUCUUCCAGUGCGACUGGCCGGAGGAGCUGAGCGAGGUGGAAAACUUCGAGGUCUUCUUGGAGAAUGAGGAGGGGAAGACUUUGGGGAAGGUGGCGGUGAACCACAACACGCCAACCGCAAAGCACCAGAGUGUUGCUUGUGUGCGCGACGUUUUCAUGUUGGAUGGGGUCAAUGAGACUUUGGCGUACAAACACUUGGUCGAGUGGUUAGAGUUUCAUCUCUACCAUGGGAUGGAUCACUUCUUCGUUUAUACCUUCGGCACUGUGGACGAUGUCUAUGAGGAGAUAUUGAAGCCAUACCUCCUGGCAGGCGCAGCAACCCGGAUCCACUUCAAGACGCGUCCUGACUUUCACCGGCUGCGGCACUACUGGAGCAUGACCGAUUGCUUGUACCGGUCCAAGACGCCUGGUUUUAUGCAAAUCCAACACACAUUUGUGUUUGAGGAGAGUGCCAUUUUGCGCAUCAUCCUGCAGGUCCAAACCUCCGGCAUCGCACUCAGUGUGGAGGAAACCCCGCUGCGGAUGGCAAAGUUUAGGAACCAUGCCACGUGGGUGAUGCCGACCGUGGACCGUGAUGAGUACUUCCGGGUCACCGGACCGAACGAACUUUUCGGCACCCCUUCAGUGCCGAAGAAUUAUUUCCACACCGUGUGGGAUGCCAUUGUUCGCCAUGAAGGCAAACGAGAGGAGGACGUGAAGAGCAUCACCUUUGACCUGUACCGCUUCGAGCUGCCCUCGCGGGACGAGCUGACCAUUAGUUCGACUAUGCGACAAGCAGAGACACAGGCGGCACCCUUCAGCAGGGGCGAGGGCAAGAAAGGCUGGCCCAAAUUUGUCUACAAUGUCAAGAACGCGAACUCCGUGUACGUCCAUUGGGUCCACAGUUCGGUGCAUGGCACGGAGGAUCUUCAUAUUUCGCCCAGCUUGGGAGUCGCCAACCACUACCGUUCACCCUUUGACUUUGAUGAGCACGAGUUCCCAGCAAAUGUUUCGGAUACCACGUUGCAGACAGAUGUCGUGGCCUUGGAAGAGGCUUUGGCCGCACGCUUCCAACGCAACCCGCGCGAGUUUUUGAAGUACCUCAGCCACAAGCACCCUGCGCCUGAUGUACCCGAAUCCAACUGGUUCGCUGCCACAGAUCGGCUUCCAACAUCCUGGAAGGCUGCGCUGCCCGAGUAUAUUCCAGUUGACUGGUUUGGCGGCGCUGCCGGGCACAACCUCCUUGCUGAGAAUGGCAUUUUUGACCAGCUUAAGCGAGAUGACCUGCAAAUGUUUGGGUAA